GUCGACUGUGCAACAUGGCCGCUGUCAUGGAGGCAUUCGAAGCACUCACCACGCCGCCCACCCUCUACUACGCAGCAGCUGCGGUGUGCGCCGGCAUGCUCUUCCUCGUCCGCUUCCUCCUCGGCUCGCCGUCGGCCUCGUUCUCGAUUUCCACGACCUUUUCUGGCCGACGCCCUCGCGAGGUCUUUGACAUCCUCACCGACUUUGACCGCGCGCCGCAGCUCAUGGAGAACUGCGUCCGCAUGCGCAAGGUCUCUGACGGCCCUGUUGGCGUAGGCACCCGUCUGGAGGAGAUCCGCAGUGUCAGUGGCGUCGAAGAGACCGUCGAGCUGGUCGUCGCGGCAUGGGAGCCGCCGGCCAUGUACGCCAUCUACGCCGACACCAUGGGCAUCCGUGUCCAGUACACGUACUCGCUCGAAGAUAACGGCUCUGGUGGUACCGUAGUCUCGUGCCUCUGCGAGGUCUCUACUACUGUCUAUCUCAAGCGUUCGCUCAUCCCGCUCGUCCUCUCCGCUAUGCGCAAGGAGGACGGCGACCAUCUCGACAAGAUCGUCGCUCGUCUCGCCGACCUCGAGCGCAAGACAAAGUGAGCGGCGGCGCGCGCGGGGGCUAGCGACUUCGGCUGUAGCUACGGCAGGCAUGUACACAUAUUGAACUUUUGGCCAGCUACGA